AUGUCACAGGAAGUUGGCACAGUAAAGAAGAGGAAAUCCCCUUACUCCCGCAAAGGAUGUCUUCAGUGCAAGAAAUCACACACUAAAUGUGAUGAAACAAAACCGAAAUGCCUUAAGUGCAUGAAAAGGAAUAUAAAGUGCACCUACAAGGUUAGCUUCGUAUUCCAGCAAGUUGACAUUCGCAGUGGAGAUGAAGGAUGCGCUCCUCCGUCUAGCUCAUCGCUUGAGAUACCAUGCUCAACAGCAGUUUCCCACUUUGACGAUCUAGCUUCUCAAGGUAGUGUUCCACCCCUAGGCAGCGACUGUCUGACCCCUCAUCCACUUAAAUUGGAAGAGUCACCAAAUUUUGCUACUGUUGACCAUAACCUGGAUCUCCGAGAUUUUAUAUUCGUUUCUCAGACGGACUUAAAUUUGCUCAACCUCCUUACUUUCGACACAGAGGACGGCAAAGAAACUGCCCCGUAUAUCCCUGGUGUUCCGCUUACAACUUUAUUCCAGUUAUCAUGGCGUCAUUCAACGUGGGAAGAAUUUUACGACAUGCUGAAAACAUACGAUCCAAUACAAAUAAUGGUUAGAAGCGGGAAGUCACUUGAUGCCUCUUCAAUAUCACUUGAUGACCCUCGUUUACUUAACUUUAUAUGGACAACAACUAGGGUGACUUUAGGCUGUGGGAAUUUCAUUAUGUUUCCACAAGACCGUUAUGAUAAAAUGGUGCAACUGUUCUUAAAUAUUACCGAAAAACAUCCUAUUGUAGAGCGAGUUUUGAUCUACGAUGUUGCCCUAUACUUGAAGGAUCUUUAUUUUAAACAAGAGCUGAAAGAAUUUUCCCACAUAUGGGACCGUUAUAUCAGGAUGCCAACGUUGAAAGUUUGUCUGGAUACACUACAACAGAGGAUAAAUAAAACUCGAGAGUUUACGGAAUUGGUCUCCUUAGCUCUAACCGUUUUAUUAUUAUUCGCGGCAAAUAGUACCUAUCGUAACGCUGAAUGGAGGACUCACUUGAAGGGUUGUUGGCACAUGCUGCAGUCUACGCGACAGUUCAUCCCAAAAUGCCCUACCAAUUUUAUAGACCAGAACUGUAUGGCAGUGUAUGAAAUCUUGGAGGACAAUUUAUGUCACUCGGAAAUUCUGGCCUGCAUAACUUCCGAUAAUGCAGGAUCUAUCAAAAACCCGAUGGAAUUAGAAAACUUAUUAUCGAAUGCUCCUUACUCCAAAAUCGUCCUUUUUGGAGAAAAAUAUGACCUAAUACGGGGUUAUACGACUGAUUUAUUCCCAAUAUUCACGGAAAUAUGUUUAAAAUUAAUCGACCUUCGAAAUCGGGGUUAUAACUUGAAUGGAACGAAUAUACUUGUACAUCGUUUAUUAAACAAAGACGAGAACCUCGCUUAUGAGUUGCAGGAGUUCGGACGGACACUAUUACAAGACUUGGUGGCCUGUAAGCCCACGGAUGAGGACCUGCGUGAAGCUGCUCGCGGAGCAUCCGAUUUUAGACUGCAGUUCUCCAUGAAAAAUUCUGUAAAAGCCUAUUACCACUCGCUUGAACUUUAUCUCAAGAUAUUUUUUCUUCGUGUACCGCUAGAUUCCCCAGAGUUGGUCACUAUUGUAGAAAAGAUCUUGGAGUACCUAUAUGCAAUGCCAUACUAUACAACAACAAGCAUUGCAUGUCAUUGGGGUAUAUACCUAAGUGGCAUGGUGGCUUCUCUUCUCAACCAGAAAGCUCUGCAUCUUCUCUCUAUAGACAUCCUUUCAAAGCUGGCCUCUAAUGGAAUGAUUGUGGCUGCUAAUUCGAUCACGAGGCUCACAUAUAUCAAUAGAACGCUGGAAUCAAAAGACUACCAUAAUCUAGUAAAUCCCUCUCACGAUUUUAUUACAUUUUGA